AUGAGCGAUCAGAUUGACAAAUUCUGUUUGGUGCAAAAUGGUAAAGAUGGAUGGAUUGUCGAGACAAAAUUUGUUUUUAAGUUGGGGACUGAUGGUAAUCCUGUUCCCAUUGAUUUAAAUGAGGAGGAAGAUCAAAUAUGCUUUGUCAAGACAGACACCAGGCAGAUUAAUAAUGUCGUAGUUGUCGGUUCAAGCGUGGAACACGACGAAGAUUCUGAGAGUAAUGUUAAUCCGAGAAGAAGAACUGUUCCUUCACCGCCAAUACGCAACGAUACUUUCGAAAGAGUUCGAGCAAGAUCGGCUCGAUUGUCAGGAACAGGCUCAUCGUCUGGAAAUAACGGACGUCGGUCACGGCGAGUGAAUAGUGUUAUAAGACGACCAUUACGUAGUAGACAAAGUUUGAUAGCAAAAAUCAAGAGCUUAGAGAGGUCAGUGAAUUCAUUGAGAAAGACUGUCCGAAAAUUAUUAAAAAAAGUUGGUCAGGGAAAUGACAAUGUUACGCAAGAAAGGUAUCCUGAGUUAGAGCAGAGAGUUAUUGUCGAAGGUGGAAAUGAGUUUGUAGAGAUCGAAGGAGUAAAAAUUGAUGGUGAACAGUACGCCAAGAUGUUGCUUCAAAAUAGUCUGAGAGGGCGGGCCAAUGUGCUAAUGCAUGAUAUGUGGCCGGACAAUGUUAUGAGGCGUAUGUAUUUAAAAGCACCACCAGGAACUCAAAAUUAUGAAAUUGUGAAAUCAACAGACAUUCAAAAGAUAAAAAAUAUUUGCUUGUAUUUGCAAAGAAAAAAGAAGAUUGAGUAUAUCAGUGGUGGUAAGGACGAUGUUUCUAUUUAUGCACGCAACUGGGCAGGCGACUUGUUUAAAAAUUGUCGUAAAAAAUUAAACGAUCAAAAUGUACCACGAUAA